AUGCCUGGUGUUCCACCCGACGCUCUUAACCAGGUCAAGAAGGGCUUCAAGCGGUUCUUCAGCCUUCGCAAGAAGGCUGCUAAGAAGACAACCGAACAGCAGGCUGAACCCGCCCCUGCUGCGACUGCUGCCCCUGUCGCUGCCGCUGCUGCGGCGGCCAGUGAGACGCCUGCCGCGAAACCCACCGCCCCCGCUGCAACCCCGGACUCUGCCCCAGAUGCUGCUAAGGUGCCUGAGGCAAAGGAUGCGAGCACGACGGAGCCUGCCGCCUCUUCUGAGAUGACAGCUACCGCCGGCCCUGUUGAGACUCAUUACGAGUCUGAGGCUGCCGCUGCCGCCCCAGCACCUGAACCUGCUGUACAGGCUGAAGCCCCUGUCGCUAAGGCCGAGGAGGCUGCUACUAAGACCGAGGCCCCUGCUACUGCGCCUGAACCCGCUGUGCAGCCCGAGGCGCCUGUUGCUAAGCCUGAGGAGGCUGCUACUAAGACCGAGGCCCCUGCUGCUGCGCCUGAGCCUGCUGUCAAGCCCGAGGAGCCCGUCACUAAGACCGAGGCCCCUGCUACCGAGGAACCCGCUGCUAAGGUCGAAGAGUCGGCUGCUCAACCCGAGGCCGCUGCUGCUGCCCCUGCAGAAGCUGCCGGUAAGACCGGUAAGUCAACUGGCUGA